GCGCGCUAGCGAACGGACGCGGUUGUUUUUAUAGACAUCAUGGUGACUCACUGUUAAACGUAAAUUAUCAGUUAAAGUGGGUUUUUAAUUAUUUGGUACCAUCGGAUGUGACUAAAACGAUAACAACAGUUUAAAAUUGGUAACAAAAUGGCAGCCGCGGGUAUUCCCCCCGUUGAAGGUUUGUGGAGUGAUGAUAAAUGCGUUGAAAUAGCCAACAGAGACCACUUCCCAGCUGCGGUCAAAGACAUUGGCGUCCAGAAAAGUAUUAUCGAUCGUUUUCUGAACUUCUACCUGAAGGGAAAACCUCAUAAAGGACUCAGCGUCACAGAUGUGACAUUCGCAGUGAUAUCCAUUAUGCCACUUUGUGAUAGUACAGAACAGUUUAUAUUUCAACCAUCACAAUAUAAAGACAACGGAACACUUUUUUUUUUGACGCCAGAAGAUAAGUUAAAAGAUGCUGUCGACGAUAUACAAGUGAAGGACUGCGAUAAUUAUACAGAACCAGAGUUAAUAAAAACUGAAGGUCAGAUAAAUAAGAGGAUUGAUACAGUUGAAGUAGAAAAGAAUGACGAGAUACAUGUUGAUAAACCACAUGAUCAAAGUGAAAAGAUAGUAGAUGACGCUAAGUUCACUGUAAGGGAAAAUAACGACUGCAAUGCUGAAUAUUUAAAAAAUACGCCUCGUGAUAAACAUACAGAUAAUGUUAACCAUAACCACCAACAAGAGACAAAACAAGGAGCUACCGAGGGAACUGGAAAAGAAUAUAUUCCGAAAUUGCCACUUGACAUGAUAAGGUACAAAAAAGUAUCUAAACCUCUAGCACCGGAAGAAAUACGCCCACAAUACGGCCCUUUGGAAAAUGCUGCCUUCAUAAUUUCUUGUAACAAACUUCUUGACGAAUGGGACACGAAUCAAAAAGCUCGCAUUAUUUUGAAAUACUUCUUUGGAAUAGUCGCUUUAAUUCUUAUGAGGACUACAACUAAAAAGUAUAAGCAUCUAGUCAACACGUUUGGAGGCAACAAGUUUCUAACCACAAUAUAUUUCACGGAAAACUAUAUUAACUACAGUGUUCCUCACAAAAAGUGCUUCAAAAACUGCUAUAGGGUUUUCAGUAAACGCGAUGGGAAUAUUCCUGUUAUGUUUGCUAAGAUUGUCAACGGUUCGUUUUACUUCGAUGCUCUUCAAAGAGAGAACCUCUCAUCAGAAACGUUCAUCUGGAAUUUGAACAUAUUCAAGCUUGGUCUUCUGGCUCACACAGCUGACUAUGGCUUCGGGUUGGUGGGAAUGGUUCAGAAUCUCCAUGGCCAACUUGGGAAUAUUAACUCGGUAGUUGAAGUGACGUACUGUGCGGAAACAGCCGAAUCGUGGUGCAGAAUGAAGAAUUUCAUUGAUACGUACAUGACGAGCGCUUCGCAUGUGGCGACGUAUCGCUGGGCUCGUGUGAUCAGCACACAAUACUUCAAGGACAUCUCUUGCAGCACUAACUACGAAUUAUCCGUAAUCCUCGCAGUGUUCACCGAGAAGGCUACAAAGUCAUCAGACAUCUGGAAGUCGUCGUGGGUACAAAAUGGUGAAAAUCUGGAAACAUUGAAACGAAUGGGACUGGAUAUGUAUGAAAAAUUUGAAGCUAAUGUAGCUAAAGGAAUAUUACAUAAAUCAUUUCAUGUGAAAAAGGAUACGUUUGAAUUUGAUUUCAACGAAGAAAAUUAGUUUGACGAGAAUGUAUUUGAUUUCAACGAAGAAAAUCAGUUUGAUGAGAAUGUAUUUGAUUUCAACGAAGAAAAUCACUUUGACCAGUAUGAAUUUGAUUUUAACGAAGAAAAUCACUUUGACAAGUAUGAAUUUGAUUUCAACGAAGGAAAUCACUUUGACAAGUAUGAAUUUGAUUUCAACGAAUAAAAACAUAGAUAUAAUUGCAAUAAAGCAACGGUAAAGCAUUUUUAUAGGUAUACUAUUUACCUUUAUAUAAGAUGGUACAUAAAAUGACGUCGUAAUUAUUUUAUACGACAGAAUUUACUCAUUAUUUUUUGUCGAUUUGGUUUUGUGACGACUUGUGCCUACCCCGAUAGGGAUAUUGGACAUAAGAUUAUGUAUUAAAAUAAAAAAUACCUACUUUGUCACCGGCGGUAGUGCCCAAAAUGCUACAGUACGAAGUGCCUGUUAAAAUUAUAUAGCAAACAUAUCUUUAUGAGGAAUUGUGUAUGAUUAAGACACAGGAAUUCAAGUUAAACGUAUUGUAUUUAUUCAUUUGUUAUAAACUUAUAAGAAAUAGAA